AUGACGACGCACGGUCGCAAUUCUUCACAGUCGACGCAGCCAGCGUGGAUUUUCAGGCCAGACUACGGGCUUGUCCGAGCCUGCAAGCCAAAAGCACUGGCAAAGCAAGUGGAGUAUUGCUGGACUGCCUUUUGCCUGCAACAUUUUGUGCGAGUCCAUGCUCGAGAAUUUCCAUUCCUGCACUCCUCUUCCUGGCGGACGAGCUGGGAGCUGUCUGGAAAAGCUCUUGUCAUGGCGGCUAUUGGCGGUUGCCGAAUCCCAUCUUAUGGCGGGCAUUCAAGACUCUACUUCGACUUGGCCGUUCACCAAGUUAAGAGCUUUACGGCCUCCCUGGACGGUGCGGAGUAUCAGGAUGCACCCGGUACAGCGACUUGGAAUGACGCAUAUUACAGAAGACUGCUUACCAGUUUCGAAACCUAUAUCCUGCUAAUCAGGUAUAGCGUAUGGUCCGAGUUUGCAGACCUCCGUGAAUGGGGGAUAAAAUCGCUUGCUGAUCACGCUAUCACGGUGAUGCCUAGGCUUGCAAGAGUCAUGAGCGAUAAUUCACACAACUCCACUUCAUGGCUACUGUGGUUACUGCUAGAAGAGUCGAAGCGUGCGUUAUGGUGUUUCUAUUGCCUCGCCGUUAAAUGUCGGCACUUUCUGCAUUAUUCGAUAUCAACAUUUGAGGUCGUCGUCGGGAACAUACACCUCCCUUGUCCAGAUUCUCUCUUCGAAGCCCCUGACGAACAAACAUGGACAGGACUCAAUAACUCAAAUGCGCCGCAACACCUGAUCGGCUUAACCGUCCCGUCCCAAAUAGCAUUCUACUACCUCAUGUCUCAAGAGCCUAUGCCUCAGUUAACGCCCAACAAGGUUGGCACCUACACCAGCCAUAUUCUUCUCUGCAAUCUCUUAAACACUUAUGAAACCGGUCGGACUAGUUCCUGGAACUUCACAUCCCUCGAUGCAUACCUAGAUUCAGACAUAUCGUGUUUCCGGCUUCGCACUGAACUCAUCCGUGCCCUGGACUACUGGAAAUGGCUAUUCUGGCGCGAUCCGCACGAACUUUGGCACUCCAGGCACCCAGACCAUCAAAUAAACAGCAUGAUGUUGUGUGUGUACCUAGAGGCACAGAUGUGGAGUUCUUCAAAGCCUCAUCUACUCAGCGCGUCGCGUCGCCGAGCAGGUGCUCAACUUGCGUUUGACUUGCUUUCUCUUAUCUCUCGUACUGGAUUUCUCGUGGUUGGGGCGAAAUCGCCGUUUUACGUUGAACCUGUCGUCUACUUCUGCACACGCAGCCUUGGCCAGGCAAUGCUCGCCUGGUACGAUAGCCUUGGAGAUGUUGAACGUACUAUAGGCAGGGCUACAGAUGAUGCAGAUUGGAUGUUGUACGACAAAAUUCUGGAGUGCUUGAAUCGUCUACCUGGGACCCUCGAUGGAUUCUCUCUUCCUCGGGUCCAAGGUGGACCCUCCUCUCCCACACCACUAUCUCCUCUGUCUUUUACUAAUUCCCUUAGAGAUGCCAUUGUUAGAGAUUCUAUCCGCACUCCCUGCGCCAUAUACGCCUUAACAAACCCUUCUUCAUGGCAGUUAAGGAGAGCUUGUCAAGGAAACACGGCCAUUAAUAACUAUAAUAAUAUAGGGGAAAAUUCUAUCCCCUAG